AUGGCGUCGGCCGCGAGUUCCUCCCCCGAAUCAAACGACACCGAUCCUCACUCCCCCAACUCGUGGUACUGCUCCGCAAGUAGCUUCUCCACCCCUGACGCGGAGCCCCCGCCUCUGAGGUCGACUCUCGAGAAACAUCUAAGCCCCUUCAAGGGCUGUGCACAUGCUCCGGGGCAAAAUCCAGUGGCGAAUCACCAGGCCAAGCCGUGGUUGCACUGGCCCUCCUCUCUUGACGAUGUCCGACAGAGCGACGCUCACAGAGAACUUCAUGCUUAUCUCACAAGUUACAAAACAGUAGCUGCGAUGACGCGUCAAGUUCGCGAGGUAGUCUUUAAGGCCUACGAAACAGCAACGGCCUCGGCAACCCAAACGGCGAGAGAUACGAAUGUGGCUGCUUUCUUCCAGGGAGGGUCUGCUGCCGACUGGGCCUUCUACGCAUCCGACUGCGACAAGGCCGUUUUCCGACAGGAACAGUUCUUCCGCUACCUCUUUGGCGUCAACGAGCCCGAUGUGUUUGGACUGCUCGACUUCAGCCGGCGUCAAGCGGUGCUCUUUGUGCCGUGGACGUCGCCGGAUUACCAGAGGUUCAUGGGGCCCCCGCGACCAGCUGAGUGGUACAUGAAGCGGUACGGCCUUGACGGGGCGAUCGUCUACAAAGCUGGUCUCGACGAAAUUCGAGAGGAACUGAACAAGAGACAAAUUGGCCAUCUGCAUGUUCUGCGCGGAAAAAACAGCGACAGUGAUCGACUCAUCGAGCCACCCUCUGUGGCGCGUGACCUCGGCGUCCCCUCCGUCGAUAGUUCUCACUUUCUCUAUGAUCUCCUUACAGAGUGUCGCGUUCACAAGACAGAAUUGGAACGCGAGUACCUUCGAGCUGCGUGCUUAGUCUCGUCGCAAGGGCAUGCAUUCGUCAUGCGCAACGUGUACGCCGGCAUGGUUGAAGGUCAGGCGGAGGCGCUUUUCCGCGCCUUCGUUCACUACGCUGGCGGCGCGAGACACGUUGCCUACGACUGCAUUUGCUGUGCGGGGCCUCACGGAGCAAUCCUUCACUACGGCCACGCUGGCCGACCGAAUGACGGGGUCAUCAAGCCCGGAGACAUGCUCCUCUUCGACAUGGGCGGAGAGUACAGCGGCUACUCCACAGACAUCACACUCAGUUACCCCGUCGACGGCAUGUGCAGCCCCGAACAGCGUGUCGUCUACGAGGCUGCAUACGAUGCGCAGAGGGCCGUGGAAAUGGCCAUGAAGCCGGGGGUCAAGUGGACAGACAUGCACCGGUUAGCGGAGAAGAAAAUAUUGGAGAGACUCCUGGCGGCCGGCGUUAUCAGCGGGCCUCUGGAGGCCUGCAUCGCGGCGCACCUGGGGAGUGUCUUCAUGCCUCACGGUCUAGGUCACCUUCUCGGUCUCGACACCCACGACGUGGGUGGAUUCUCUGGAGAAUUUCCUCGGAGUUCGGAGCCGGGGCUCUGCUACCUGCGGACCACUCGGCGACUCGAAGAAAACAUGGUCAUCACGGUGGAGCCAGGUUGCUACUUUGUGCCGUUUCUCAUUGACAAAGCGCUUAGCGACUCCACCCAAAGUCGAUUAAUAAACAAAACCGCAUUGGCGCCGUACAUGCGACUUGGUGGCGUUAGGCUAGAAGACGUCGUCAUUGUCACUUCUGAUGGCAUCGAAAACCUCACUGUCGUGCCCCGUCGCCUAGAAGAGGUCGAGGAGCUUCUGGCUACCCGAACAGGGAGAGAUAGCGCGCUUGGGGCCACGGAACAGAAGAAGCGAAAGGCAGCUCUACAGUGA